AUGUCAUCAGGCCAAAUUGCCCUCGAAGAUAAAUUCUUUGAAGUCAAGCGAAUUGAUCCUGAAGGAAAGAAAUUCGAUAAAGUAUCCCGUUUAUAUUGCGAAAGUGAAGAUGAAAUGGAAUUAGUCAUUGAUAUCAACACGGAUAUAUUUCCUGUUGAUUUUGGUGAUAAAUUAACUCUUUCAUUGGCUACCAGCCUCGAAGUGAGUGGUGGUGCUGCUUCAGCCGCCACGAAAAAGUCAUCGGAGCACGGUGCUUCAUCAGCCGCCAAAAAAACAAAAGAUUAUUUUGAUCCAUCACUAGGAACCGAAGACAAGCCUUCACUCAUGGAUCAAUACGAUUACGUCAUGUAUGGAAGGGUCUACAAAUAUCAACCUAAAGAUAAUUUUGAGAAGGAGAAGCUAGAGACAUUCAACAUAUUGAACCUGAUACUCAUUUGUAUUUAUUAA